CAUCCGCGCCGAAUUCUGGCCAACAUAUGCGAGAGAGUGUGCGCGGUUAGUUAAUUGGUACCGGGGUCAAAUUCAGAUACUUUGAGGUGACCGCCUAACAGGAAGCAGACCAUGCCGGACCCGUUCAUAUUCCUGGACAAAUGGACGACGUGGACGCGACUGACGGGGAACGCCGACGACGACUGGGCGGACCGGCUCAACCACAUUGUGACCGUCGUACUGCUGAUAGCGUUCUCCGUCUUUGUCGUUGGCGGCUCGUACAUGGACGAGAGGAUAGCCUGCUGGAUGCCCGGAGAAUACACGGCUCACAUGGCGAAGUACACAGUGAACUACUGCUGGGUCCAGAAUACGUAUUUUAUUCCCAUGGAGGAGAACGUUCCCAAGGGAAAUAACCGCGAGCACGAGCUCACGUACUACCAAUACGUUCCCAUGAUCCUGCUCUUUAGCGCUCUACUAUUCAAGCUUCCCAGUGUGGUAUGGCGGGCGUUUUCUGGGUUUUCCGGUGUGGACAUCCGGAAGUUGGUCGAGAUGACGGCUGAAGCGCACUACGUGGAUGACGCCAAAAGAGACGCCAAGAUAGAGGAGAUUGUGUGCACCAUAGACCGUUGGCUUGAGGGCAACCGACAAUACCACUGGAACUGUCUUGUGCGCAUGCGCCAAAAACUGUCACGCCUCUGCUUCUGUCUGAAUCGCCGCGAGGGAACUUAUCUCACCGGCCUGUACCUUAUAUCCAAGCUGAUGUUCUGUGUCAACGUGAUCUGCCAAUUCUACAUACUUGACGCUUUCCUGGGUGGUUUCUACAGCUACUGGGGGAUUGAAGCCAUCCGCACCCUCGCAGUGGAGCACCAACUGAAGGAGAGCCGCCGGUUUCCACGGGUAUCGCUUUGUAGCUUUAGCGUUCGUGGCAUACAACAAAAGGACCACACAGUGCAGUGUGUCCUACCCCUCAAUCUAUUCAAUGAGAAGAUCUUCCUGUUUUUGUGGUUCUGGUUCGUAUUUGUUGCCAUUUCAACCGGAGCAAACCUCAUGUCCUGGAUAUGGCACCUCAUCGUCCGCAGAAAUCGGGUCUCCUUCGUGAAAAAGUACUUGAAAAUCAAGGGCAGAUUACAAACUACGACCGACAAAAGCCUGUGUACCAAAUUCGGCAACUAUCUGCGCGACGACGGAAUUUUCCUUCUCCAACUUCUCGCCCGGAACUCUAACCCACUUCACGUGACUGACGUCAUAAACGGCCUCUGGGACCGCUUCCUGGAAAAACCCAUCUCCAAGAAAGUGCUCGCUGACCUACGUCCACCAAAUUUACAGAAUAACAACAAGGGAGACAACAAAGCUAGUUAUAUAUGA